AUGCUUGCUUGGUCUACAAUCAUUAGUCUCUUGAUUAAUGCCAACAUAAUAUUAUUGAAUGCUUUUCCAGUCAGAGAUACACCUCCACAACUGUUUGGUUUGAUGUAUGCUGAAGAAACCAAAAGCUCACGAGAACGAUACCAGCUUAAACAUGAUGAAACAAAUCCGAACUCUUCAAUGUAUAUUUAUGAUUACCAUAAUGAAGGAGAUGCUAUAUAUGUGGUAAUCAGUAUUUCUAAAAAGGACUUGGAGUUUGUAGACAAUUAUCAGAUCAAACCUGUUAUAUGCUUAAUCAGCUACAGCAGUCAUGUGCCUUUAGCUUUAUCCUAUGACUUGGAUUUUACGUUAUCCGCAGAGCUUGUUAAUCAAUCGUGGUAUUGGUUACCACCUUCAUUAAAUGCGAGUACAAAUAUAUCAGUUUAUAUAUUACCAAAAUUAGUGGGACUAGACUAUUUGGUAUUUUGGAUUCGUCAAGCGAAACCAAAGCAUGGAUAUAUUAGUCCUACUCCUUGGUUUGCCAAUAAUUCUGAGGCCCUCAGGAAGCAAUAUUUCGACAGUUUAGUAAUUGACUAUCGACUCAAUGUCUCUUUAUAUAAUAACCAGGAUUAUAAUGAUGACAACAAUAAAAACAACACAAUGGGUUUUCCCGUAAUUGUAACUGCAGAUAAAGGCAUUGGUCAUCUAGUUUUCCGUAUCAUCGUCAUAAUCAUGGUGACUGUAUUCACAUUCACAAUGGGGUGUGAUUUGGAAGUUCCUUUGAUCCUGCAUCAUUUCAAAAGACCCAUUUCUGUAUCAAUUGGGUUCUUUUGUCAAUUUUUCUUUAUGCCAUUGAUUGCGUUUGGUAUCGCAAAAAUUAUACCAAUUAGGUCGGAUUUUGGCUUUGGUUUACUUACUAUUGCUUGUUCUCCAGGUGGUGGUGCCAGUAAUGGUUGGUGUCUUCUACUCGGAGGUGAUAUUAACUUGAGUAUAUUAAUGACAUUCAUUAGUAGUUUAUCGGCUCUUUUCAUGAUGCCUUUUCUUCUAUUCAUCUACGGUCGAUUCUUCAUUGAUGUGACCAAAAUAAAAAUUCCAUACGUCAAUAUUGUCUUCCAGUUAUUACAAGUAGCUAUACCCGCAUUAAUGGGUUUAGGUCUACGUAUAUGGAAACCGAAAUUGGCUGUUAAAUGCACAAAGUUAACACGUCCAUUAUUUUAUGUAUUCAUAGUAUUCUUUUUAACUAUUGGUGUGUACAUUAACUGGUCCUUAACUCGUCUAUUAGGUGUAUAUCCUUUACUUAUUCUUACAGGUGCAUUAUUACCUUGGCUUGGCUUUUGUAUAGCAUCAUUAUUUACAUUAAUUCUACGACAAUCACGUAAAUUAGUUAUUACAGUGGCCUUAGAGACUGGUAUACAAAAUAUUGGUGUUGGAAUACUUGUUUUAUUGUAUACAAUGCCAAAACCAAUCGGUGAAUUAGGUGCUAUCAUGCCAAUUACUGUAGCUAUACUUACACCUAUUCCUUUGUGCCUAAUAUAUUUAGGCUUAGUAAUCAAGCGUAAAUGUUUUGACCAUCAGAAUGAGCCUGUUAUUCAUGAUCCUUGUGAAAUUGAACCCCUCAGUACCACGAAAAUAAGUAGUAAAUGCAGUAAUGACAUUAUGAACCCACCAACUGAUACCAUUAAAUCACCGACACAAGUAUCGUUAACAGAUACAACUGUUACCAUAAACACCACUGUCCCUCAAGAACGUAUGUAA